AUGUUUUACUUUCAUUGUCCCCCUCAGCUGGAUGGAGAAUGCUUGAACACCAACGGGUUUGCCAACCAUGCCUCAGCAGGUGAUUUUGAUGACGGCUUUCUGCGGAGAAAACAACGUAGAAAUAGGACAACAUUUACUCUACAACAGUUGGAAGCUUUGGAAGCUGUUUUCGCGCAGACUCACUACCCGGAUGUUUUCACGCGCGAGGAACUGGCCAUGAAGAUCAACCUGACGGAGGCGCGUGUCCAGGUGUGGUUCCAGAAUCGCAGGGCCAAGUGGAGAAAGACAGAGAGAGGGAGUACAGACCCUGACGGAGGGAAGGAGCAGAUGAACGAGGGAGGCACUCCUCCGUCCAGGAGUCUGAACUCCCAGUCUCCUGUGGAUCAGAGCAGGAAACAGAAGGAGCCUUUGGAGAUGCAGCAGAGUAUAAACCGAGCAGUGGGUCCUGGUGGUCCGUUCUUCCCCUCCUGUCUACCAGGAACCCUCCUGAACUCAGCCACCUAUGCCCAGGCUCUGUCACAUGUUGCCACAAUGAAGGGAGGUGGUCUGUGCUCAUGCUGUGUUCCUGACCCCAUGGGCCUGUCCUUCUUGCCCCCCUAUGGUUGUCAGGGCAACCGUACGGCCAGUGUGGCGGCCCUGAGGAUGAAGGCCCGGGAGCACUCAGAGGCCGUGCUACAGUCAGCCAACCUGCUGGGGGCCGGCCACGGGCAUGGGACUGGAGUAGGAGGCAUGUCGGUGCUUGGAGUGUCUGGUGCUGGGUUGACGAGGCCCGGGAUGGGCCCUGCCCUGGGAGUAGUAUCUGGAUCAGUGUUGGGAGUCUCUGGAGCCGUGGGGAGAGGCUCCAGAGACGAGGCUCCCAGCCCAGGCUCCAAGACCCCGACUCAGGGUACCGGGUCUGACAAACACCCCCUCUGCCCCAAGGAACCACUGGAGAAAAAGUGAGUGUGUCUGUGUCGCCGCCCAUUGGAGACAGACGUGCAGACAGUGUGGAUGUACAGACGGAAGGACUGGGACUUAAAACUCCUGUGGUGUGAAUGUGCCUCCUGUUACAACUACUCUCCCUCUACCUACUCCUCCUAAAGCACAACUAUGGACCUAGUCCUAUUACUACUGGAGCAGGGAGAGGAGUGGCUACCCAGAUAUCAUACUCUAUGGAUUCAACUAUCAAGAUAUUGUAUGAUUGUGAUUUAUUUAUUGUGGGUGAAUAUUGCUGAAUAUCGUGGGGCCGUUGCGGUCCCCUUAUAAGCACACGUACUGUACGUAGCUCAUGGACUCUACAUGGACUCUGAAUAAACUGUGUGUGAUGGAGACUACCACCCUGGCUAAUAAUGUGAAUCUGAGGCAUUUCCCCUUCUCUCUCAUCUUGGCUACACGCUCUCCCCUGUGUAUUAGGGUAUUGUGUUACAGAAAGUCACCAGACAAUGUAACAUGUUAUGUUCCUCUUUUUUUAAAACACAUGUAAAAACACAAUGUGAAAUAUUGACACUUCUAUAGUUUUCACUGGAGUCAUGGUCAUCCGUGUUCAGGUUUUUAAGCCAGCGGCCAGAGAGAACGCGAACUACUGAUUUAUUUAUGUCUCGUUUAACUGACAGUGGCAGUGUACAUGAAUCAACGUAUUUGCUUUCACAUCGAUGUUAAAGUGCCACAGUUGAAGCUAAUGUUGCUCUGUGGUCCCUUGGCUACGCUAACAGGGUAGGCUAACAGAUAUGAUAACACAACAGUGGUGUUGAUAUCAGGGCUUUUGCUAAUAGCAGUCUGUUAGCACGUCUGUGGCAUUACUAGCGUUAGUCGACCCUGGAUCACUUUAGUCCUGUUGUGACAUGUUCUCUAAAACAAUUAAAGAUGUAGUCUCUCCUGUUGCCUACCGCCACGGCCAUCUGCUCCUAUCCAUUAUUCAUCAGUUUCCCUUAAAGCUGGAGAAACUAGAGAACACCACUCAUAACCUCCUCUCUCUCUCUCUCUCUCUCUCUCUCUCUCUCUCUCUCUCUCUCUCUCUCGCUCGAGACGCAUCGCCAGGUUACAAUAGCCCAUUAAACAUGAUACAUGCUAUUUAUUAAUACUAAAAUGUAUAUUUACAAAACGAUGGGCCUUUAAACCACGAGGCUCCUUCAUGGUUCAUCAGUGAUAGUUGAUUUAUUAAUUUAGCCUUUAAAAAAUAUA